AUGCCUCCAAAGAGUACGACCGCCCAGAAGGGAAAGUCUGUGGCUGAAGAGCUCCGAGGGGCACCAGCUCCAGCACCCGCCCCUGUACAUUCAGCACCUCAGCCGGAUGCACCGGGUCAGGAGAUGAGAGAUGCUAUUCAGCUAUUAACCCAAUUAGUAGCCGCGCAGGCUCGGCAUCAGGAAAUAGGUAUUGGUCGUGCAGAUAGUUCUAUCAGUGCGAGGGUUCAUGACUUCAUUAAUUUAGAUCCUCCGGUAUUCACUAGGGCAGACCCGAAUGAGGACCCUCAGGAGUUUACAGAAGCUUUUCUUCGUCGUUAUCUACCACCAGAGCUUAGGCGAGCCAGGGUUGAUAGGUUCUUGACCCUUCGACAGGGUAACAUGAGUGUUCGGCAGUACAAUCUUCAGUUUGAUUCAUUGGCUAGGGCCUCAGGUUCUCAGUAUAGGGGUGAGUUAAAUCAGAUGAGGCCGCCCAUGCCACGAUGUGCUCAAUGUGGUAAGCAGCAUACCAGACAGUGCCGUAUGGGAUUAGGUAUUUGUUAUACUUGUGGUUAUUCGGGCCACAUUAUGAGGGAUUGUCCGAUGAGAGGUGAUGCAAGCAUAGCUCAACCGGUGGGAUCUGUAGCUGGUUCGUCAUCAUCAAUACGCUUCCCUGGGCAAGGUCUACAAGCACCAAUGAGUCGUAGUAGAGGUAGAGACAGAGCAUCUAGCUCGAGCAGUCCUCAGAACCGCAUUUAUGCGUUGGCAGGAUGA